AUGUGGAGAUGGUGGGAUGCUAUGAUGCAAUCAGCCAGGGAGGUGCAAGGAAUAGACAGAAUCAAGCUCAUGGUGAAUAUAUUGUGGCAAAUCUGGAAAGCUAGAAACAAGAUAACAUUCCAGACUGAGAAUGUGGAUGCAAAACUGAUUGUACACAAAGCGCAGCAGGAAUGGUUGGAGUAUGAAGCUGCGAAUGAAACUGACACUCGAACAAAUACAUCAUCAGAAGUGGAAGGACAGAUACAGCAGAAAUGGGAGCCACUUAAGGAAGGAGUAAUGACGAUCAACACAGAUGCAGCAAUCUCUGCUAAAAUGGUAAGGACAGGCUUGGGGAUUAUUGCUAGGAACUGGCAUGGAGAGAUAGUGAAAGCUAAAGGAAUCAUUGCGAGGAAGAGAGGGGAUGCAACCACAGAGGAAAUGUUAGCAAUAAGAGGUGUGCUGGAAAUGGCUAAAGUUGCAAGAUGGACAAGCAUACAAUCUGACUGCAAAACUGUUGUGAGCCUUAUCAACACAGGCAAUGUGCAGGAAUGUAGACUACAAACAAUCCUGGAAGACAUUGAAGACCUAAAGAAGAGCUUUGACUGCUAUUUGUUUUCUUUUGUUCCUAGAACUGCUAAUGGUUGUAGCCAUGCUAUGGCUCAAUUUGCAGUCAAGUCGGUUGGGACUAUUGAAUGGGAAGCUCAAGCUUUAAAUGAAGCAUUGGACAUGGCUUGUAUAAGAAGAUAUCUGUCAGCUACCUUUGAAGGGGAUGCAUUUAAUGUUAUUGAAGCUGCUAAAAAUUAUGCAGAGAAUUAA